GUGCCCUCCUCGGGAGGAGUGAGUUAUGGAGCCCCCCAGCUGCCUUCAGGAUGAGCCGUUCCCGCACCCCCUGGAGCCCGAGCCCGGCGCCCCGGCGCAGCCCGGCCCGGGGAAGCCGAGCGACAAAAGGUUCCGGCUGUGGUACGUGGGGGGGUCGUGCCUGGACCGCAGGACCACGCUACCCAUGCUGCCCUGGCUCAUGGCCGAGAUCCGCCGGCGCAGCCAGAAGCCCGAGGCGGGCGGCUGCGGGGCGCCGGCGGCCCGCGAGGUGCUCCUGGUGCUCAGCGCGCCCUUCCUGCGCUGCGUCCCCGCGCCGGGCGCCGGGGCCACCGGGGGCUCCGGCCCGACGGCCGCGCAGCCCAACCCGGCCGUGUUCAUCUUCGAGCACAAGGCGCAACACAUCUCGCGCUUCAUCCACAACAGCCAGGACCUCACCUACUUUGCUUACCUGAUCAAGGCGCAGCCCGACGACCCGGAGUCGCAGAUGGCCUGCCACGUUUUCCGCGCAGCAGACCCCAAUCAGGUUCCCGAUGUUAUCAGCAGCAUAAGGCAGUUAUCGAAAGCUGCCAUGAAAGAGGAUGCCAAGCCCAGCAAAGACAACGAGGACGCCUUUUACAACUCUCAGAAGUUCGAGGUCCUGUACCGUGGCAGGGUGACCGUGACCCACAAGAAGGCGCCGUCCAGCCUCAUCGACGACUGCAUCGAGAAGUUCAGCCUGCACGAGCAGCAGCGCUUGCGGCUCCAGGGCGAGCCGCGCGCGGGGGACUCGGGCGAGGACCAGGCGGGAUCCGAGGCGCGGACGCCGGCCUCCCCCGCGGACGUGCUGCUGGAGGAAGGGGCUGGCGUCGCCGACGUCCACCCCGUCUUCCCUGCGGCGCCCAGCCAGCCUGGGCCGUCCAGCUCGCGAGUCUGCUGCCCCGAGAGGAUUUUGGAAGAUUCGGGCUUCGAUGAACAGCAGGAGUUCCGGUCUCGGUGCAGCAGCGUCACGGGGGUCCUGCAAAGGAAAGUUCACGAGAACAGCCAGAAGCCGCAGCCGCGGAGGAGGCACGCCAGCGCGCCCAGCCACGUGCAGCCCUCGGACUCGGAGAAGAACAGAACCAUGCUGUUUCAGGUUGGACGGUUUGAGAUUAACCUUAUCAGUCCAGACACUAAAUCAGUUGUGCUUGAGAAGAAUUUUAAAGACAUCUCUUCUUGUUCCCAGGGUAUAAAGCAUGUUGAUCACUUCGGCUUUAUUUGUCGGGAGUCCGCGGAGCCUGGACUGAGCCAGUAUAUCUGCUACGUGUUCCAGUGUGCUAGUGAGUCUCUGGUUGAUGAGGUAAUGCUGACUCUGAAGCAGGCUUUCAGCACGGCUGCUGCCCUGCAGAGUGCCAAGACCCAGAUUAAGCUGUGUGAGGCCUGUCCCAUGCACUCUUUGCAUAAGCUCUGUGAAAGGAUCGAAGGUCUCUACCCACCAAGAGCCAAGCUGGUAAUACAGAGGCAUCUCUCAUCCCUGACAGAUAACGAGCAAGCUGACAUCUUUGAACGUGUUCAGAAAAUGAAGGCAGUCAAUGACCAGGAGGAGAAUGAACUUGUGAUUUUACACCUGAGGCAGCUAUGUGAAGCCAAGCAGAAGACACACGUUCAUAUUGGGGAAGGCCCAUCGACUGUUUCAAAUAGUACAAUCCCGGAAAAUGCGACAAGCAGUGGAAGGUUCAAACUUGACAUUCUGAAAAAUAAAGCUAAGAGAUCCUUAACUAGCUCCCUGGAAAAUAUCUUCUCAAGGGGAGCUAACAGAAUGAGAGGUCGGCUUGGAAGUGUGGACAGCUUUGAACGAUCCAACAGUGUUGCUUCAGAGAAGGACUACUCGCCAGGAGACUCUCCGCCAGGGACCCCGCCAGCCUCCCCCCUGUCCUCAGCUUGGCAGACAUUCCCUGAGGAGGAUUCCGACUCCCCGCAGUUUCGAAGACGGGCCCACACAUUCAGCCACCCACCUUCAAGCACGAAGAGGAAGCUGAAUUUGCAGGAUGGGAAGGCCCAUGGGGUUCGCUCCCCUCUUCUGAGGCAGAGCUCCAGCGAACAGUGCAGCAUCCUUCCACCAGCUCGGCGCAUGCACAAGGAGUGUAAUUCUUCCUCCAGUCUUCCAAGUCUUCACACUUCCUUCUCUGCCCCUUCCUUCACUGCCCCCUCUUUCCUGAAAAGCUUUUACCAGAAUUCAGGUAGACUAUCCCCACAGUAUGAGAAUGAAAUCAGACAAGACACUGCUUCAGAAUCAAGCGAUGGAGAGGGGAGAAAAAGGACCUCGUCCACCUGCAGCAAUGAGUCCCUAAACGCCGGAGGAACCCCUGUGACUCCUCGCCGAGUUUCCUGGCGGCAGCGCAUCUUCCUCAGGGUUGCCUCGCCCAUGAGCAAAUCUCCCUCCGCGAUGCAGCAGGAUGGCCUGGACAGGAGUGAGCUGCUGCCUCUGUCCCCUCUUGCUCCAACCAUGGAGGAGGAACCGCUGAUGAUAUUCAUGUCUGAUGAGGAGGACCCAGAAAAGGGUGACGAGAGAAACAAGUCGGAGGAACUGAGGUGUUUGUGGAGAAAAGCUAUACACCAGCAGAUCCUGUUGCUUCGAAUGGAAAAAGAAAACCAGAAACUUGAAGCAAGCAGAGAUGAACUGCAGUCCAGAAAAGUUAAAUUGGAUUAUGAAGAAGUUGGUGCAUGUCAGAAGGAGGUCUUAACAAUCUGGGAUAAGAAGUUGUUAAACUGCAGAGCUAAAAUCAGAUGCGAUAUGGAAGAUAUUCAUACUUCUCUUAAAGAAGGUGUUCCCAAAAGUCGACGGGGAGAAAUCUGGCAGUUCCUAGCUUUGCAAUAUCGUCUGAGACACAGAUUGCCUAAUAAACAACAACCUCCCGACAUAUCCUAUAAAGAGCUUUUAAAACAGCUCACGGCUCAGCAGCAUGCUAUCCUCGUAGAUUUAGGAAGAACAUUUCCUACUCAUCCUUACUUUUCAGCACAGCUUGGGGCAGGGCAGCUGUCGCUUUUUAAUCUCUUGAAAGCCUACUCAUUACUGGACAAAGAAGUGGGUUACUGUCAGGGGAUCAGCUUUGUGGCUGGAGUCUUGCUUCUGCACAUGAGUGAAGAGCAAGCCUUUGAAAUGUUGAAAUUCCUCAUGUAUGACCUGGGCUUCCGCAAGCAGUACCGACCUGACAUGAUGUCGCUGCAGAUUCAAAUGUACCAGCUGUCCAGGCUCCUUCAUGAUUAUCACAGAGAUCUCUAUAAUCAUCUUGAAGAAAAUGAAAUCAGCCCCAGCCUUUAUGCUGCCCCCUGGUUCCUCACAUUGUUUGCCUCUCAAUUUCCAUUAGGAUUUGUAGCCAGAGUGUUUGAUAUUAUUUUUCUUCAGGGAACUGAAGUUAUAUUUAAGGUUGCCCUAAGCCUGCUGAGCAACCAAGAGACACUCAUAAUGGAAUGUGAAAACUUUGAAAAUAUUGUUGAAUUCCUUAAAGUCACACUCCCCGAUAUGAAUUCAUCUGAAAUGGAAAAAAUAAUCACCCAGGUUUUUGAGAUGGAUAUUUCUAAACAGUUACACGCCUAUGAGGUGGAGUAUCACGUGCUGCAGGAUGAACUCCAAGAAUCUUCCUAUGCCUGCGAGGAGAGCGAACCCAUGGAGAAGCUAGAGAGGGCCAACAGCCAACUGAAAAGACAGAACAUGGACCUUCUAGAAAAAUUACAGAUAGCUCAUGCUAAAAUUCAGACCUUGGAGUCCAACCUGGAAAAUCUGUUAACUAGAGAGACCAAAAUGAAGUCUUUGAUCCGGACCCUGGAACAGGAGAAGACGGCUUAUCAGAAGGCAGUGGAUCAGAUCUGGAAGCUGCUGCCUGCAGAUAUUCUAGCUAACUGCGAACCACUGCUGAGAGACUUAAACUGCAACCCUAACAACAAAGCCAAGACAGGAAACAAGCCAUAAUGGAAGACUUGCCACCCCAGCAGGACGUGACCAUUCAAGGACGCUACAGUCUGGAGGACUCUGCAUGCUGCUGGCCCAGCGCUGGGCACCAGAGCUGACAAUCACUGAAUUCGUUGUGAGCCCAUGUCAGAGCCAGUGGCCCUUGCUCUCCUCAGAGCAUGCCAGUUCUAAACCAUUGUACAUAUGUAGACUGUUUUUUGCUGUCCUUGUUGACUAUGUACAUAUAUAUAAAAAUGGACAUAAAGAGUUCAUGCUUUCAGAUAAAAGUAGAUGCAUAUUUAGAGCAAUUUUUUAAAAAAAGAAAUCAAAACUUCAUGAAAUCCACACCAAAGGGAAGUUAAAGUGAAGUUCCCCUUGGACUCAUGUGAAAUCAGCUUGUCUUUGUAGUGAAACAAAGCUAGAACAUCUUUGUAUAUUAAAAUAUACUUGAAAAAAAUGAAUGUAUUUUUUUCUCCAAAGAAUGGCAUGUUUCACUCAGUGGUAGAAAGGUGGAAACAUUUGUGUAACUUUACGUGCAUCUGUCUUAAAAUCUCCUGACAUUAUAUAUAUAUGAGGAAAAUGACUGAUUGCCAGUAAAGCUCCUCUGAGUUUUUCAGGAAAGUAGGGGCCUUCCCCUGCUGCCUGCUUUGUGCCAAUGAGCAUGUCGCAUCUACAUGCAUUUUGAGUCUGGUCAGGCAUUACUUCAGUUGUGUGUAAGGAGGAACCAAGACGGUGGCUGAGUCUGCCCAUCCAGCUCAAGGUGAAAGAGAACAUUACUAAUUUUCUAGUAAAUUAGACCAGCAUUUUGUUAAACUAAAUGUAUCAGUCCUUAAAAAUUAAGUUAGGACCUAAAUUGUCUAGCUCUGGAGUAGGAAAUGGCAACCCACUCCAGUAUUCUUGCCUGGAAAAUCCCAUGGACUGAGGAGCCUGGCAGACUACAGUCCAUGGGGUCACAAAGAGUUGGACACGGCUGAGCGACUGAGCAUACAUAAAUUGUCUGGAUUAACUUUCUACCUUUUUAUUGAAAUUUCUCCUGAAUGAACUACUUGAUGCCAUAGUUAGUGACAAGGAUUUGCCACUUCCCACUAAAAUGUGGGAGCUCUUGUCUUAGCUCUCUCUAGCUUAAAUGGAAGGUAAGGAAAUGCAAUUAUGAUUGGUUUUCUAAGAUGAGAUACUGUGUUGAGAUACUUUUUUUUUUUUUUGUCAAUUGACAGGUCUGAUAAGGUUGUAAUCAUUCUCCCCUUCCACAUGAGAGUUUAUGAGAACUGUGGAAUAUUUAAAACAAACUUGAAAUCCAUGGGAAGGGAAGGAGAAAGCCUUUCUACAACCUACAAUUCUGCAUUUGGACUCCUGACUUUCUCAGUCUACAGAGAGAUUAUUAGAAGACAUUCAUGCAUGCUGGGUGAAUGGAAGGAAAACAGUUUUUAACUUACACAUGGAAUUUCUCCAUUUCAGAGAUGAUUCUAUGACAGUGCCUCGGAAAGUAGAUGCAGCAAUUUUGCCUUUCCAAACAAUAUUUUUCAUCACUACUUUUUGCAGUACUUGUUUUGUCACAGAUGGAUUAUCUGGGAUAAUUUUCUUCAAAGGGAGUUUGUUAUACACAAGCUACAAUGUAUUACAGAGUAGAAAAGUAAAGCUCUAAAGGUUUCAGAAACAUUUCAUGAGUGGAUAAGCAUCUGAACACCCCCUCCCACCCCCAACCGACCAGUUACUUGUGGAAUGUAGUGCUCAGUGUACUGUAGUUAAUGUAAUGUUACAAUCAGCACACCCUCUCAUCCAGGCAGUUUCUCAGAAGACAAUGAAGUCUUACUAGUAAAGUUAAUGUAAUUUCUAGAUUCUAGAAAAUGCGGACCUAAUCAGUUGGGGCCACCAACUGUUUUGUUGCUUGGAUUUCCCUCAAAUUUCUCUAUUUGUAGGAGAGGUAUUUUUUCCUAUGAGGAAUAUGAUAAAUAUCAUCUGGUUACUGUCUGGUGAUGAAAAUUACCUGGUGUGUAUGAUACAUAGGUGGUAGCCGGGGAACCUUCAAGUUGGGAAAAGAAACAUUUUCUUUCAGUUGUUCGGUUUAAAUUUUAUUCUGGAUCUUCACAGUCAAUGUUAUCAGUUGCAUUAUGGUGUUCAGGACUCGCCUUGGAUACAAUAUUUCUUUUGAAAAUGAAUUUUCUUUUUAUUUUGUGAUCUUUUAAAUGCACCGACUGUGCUUCAUGCAUUGUUACAUCUUCAUUUGGUUAAUGUAAUGUCUAGUUCAUUUCCAAUAAAUACAUUGCUGCCUGUUU